AUAAAUGCUCAGUAACAUUCAGAUACCUGCCUCUAAGACAUUGCUGGGAAAGUGACUUUUUUUUUACACAUUUUUAGAAAUUGUGAUGCAUCAUAUGCACUGUUUUGCCAAUAAUAGGUAAAGGACUGAAUGCUUCGCUACUUAGUAAUUUUACCUGCUUUGUCGAUUUUUAGGCUAUAAUAAUCUGGCACCCUGUGGAUUUCCAGCUUUCAUUCUCUUUUAUUCCUGAAACGAUUUUGCCAGAGAAUUAAGGUGAGCAGAGCACUUGGAACACUUUGUGCCAUGAGUCUGAGAUCCGGGAGCGGAGCACUGUGCAGCAAAGAGCCGCUCUCGCUCUCCUUCUCUGGCUCGGGCUUCCUGGCCGUGUACCAGCUGGGGGUCUCCCAGUGCUUUCGGGACUUGGCCCCAAUGCUGCUCCAAGGAGCGCCGCACAUCUACGGCGCGUCGGCCGGAUCGCUGGUCGCCGCCGCGGUCGCGUGCGGAUCAAACCUGGAGCGCGUGCGGGAUGAAAUCGUCCGGUUCGCGGAGACCCACGUGCUGGCGUCCCUCCUCCCGCCCACUAACGUCUUCAAAUGGAUCGAGUACGUACUGCGCCGCCUGCUGCCCAAGAACGCGCACCUCCUCGCGACCGGACGCCUCUUCGUCUCCAUGACGCGCAUCCCCGACGGCAGGAACGUCCUGGUUUCCGAAUUCCACUCUAGGGAGGACGUCAUCCAGGCGCUGUUGUGCAGCUGUUUCCUGCCCUUGUACUGUGGCAUUCAACCCCCUUGUUACAAGGGAGUGUAUUAUAUCGAUGGGGGCUUCACUGACAUACUGCCUGUCCCUGGGUCCUCCCGGACUCUGACCGUGUCUCCGUUCGCUGGAGAAGUGGACAUCUGCCCACGGGACCCGAACGCGGGGGGCUACGCAGUGGUCUUGAGUGGUCUCGUCUUCCACUUUUCCCUGCCAAACUGCACCCGGAUGACGAAGGCUCUCUUCCCCCCAGCACCCUCAGUGCUCAGCAAAGCAUAUGAAAAUGGAUAUCAAGAUGCAUUAUUCUUCUUGCAAAACAGUGAGCUGAUAGAGUUCCAGCCCUGGCAGAACAUUGGGCUGAAGAGCCUGUGGUCUGGAAAUGAGAGAGAUUCUGUGGUCCAGCUGGCAGAGGAGGAGGAAGAGGAAGAUGAGAAGGAAGACUUGGAGAGUCCAAAUCCAUCCACAGAGGAGUGUGCCUGGGAACCACAAAGGAACGUGGACCCUGGGAAGCAAGCCCCAACAUUCAGCCUCCUCCUGUGGUUACAGGAAGCAUUGCUGUGCAACCUCCUGAAGCACGUGGGGCUCAUUUACCAUGAUGUCUUCCACAUGCGUUUCAUAUCCUACCUGCUCCUGCCCUACACCUUGCCCAUUUAUACAAGUUUUUUGUUCAGUUACAGAUUGUUCCAGUUCCUGAGACUCCUCUCAGAAAUGGCCUUCUGGCAAGACGUAAAGCAGGUCUCCCUGUUCAUCACAAACAUCAUAAUGUCCAGCCUGAGGAAGAACAUGGAACACUGGUUCUUUCCUUCAUUCCUCUUGAGCCCUGGACAGAAGAUUCUGGCGAUGUACGACGGACCGACAGAAAUCGAGCCGGCACACCUGCUCUCCACCCUGCAGUUCCAUCUCUCCAGUCAUUCUGACAAACCCCAAACGGAGCCCCCAGUUUCAAGGAUGCUGCUCAGCCUAGAGCUGGAGGUGGACAGAAGGACUAGGGCUCCUGCCCUUGUGUGUGGACCCAACACGGAGAACUAGGGGAAGGGCACAUCUCCCUAAGUGUCACAUCUUUUAGUAGUUCUGAUGCAUUUAUUCAUUCAGCUUUUCUCUAACGUAACUUACAGCAUUAAGCUACUGACAACUGUUC